GUUCAUUGCAGUAUUCGCUGAGUGAGUGUUUUUAGCCUUAGAAAAUGUCACGUACGUUUAAGAGCCCAGCGAUUUCUGAAUUCAUAUUGGAAUUAAAAUGGCGUGAAGAAAUCGGUGACUGGAGACUGCCUUCCGAGUUCGAUUCCUGUAUCCCUGGCAGUUUUCAUUUUUAUCCCAAUGCAGGGUAAUGCAGUUUGGUUUCAUGCCUGGGAAGUGAGCAACGGGUGCAAUGUUUGUUGUUACGCAAAUGAAUCAUGAGGCGAAAGGGGAAAAGCUGCAGCAUCCAUUUGCAUAUUCGGAGAGGCCGUUUGAUGAAAAAUAUGGCGAGAUCAAAAUGAAGAUUUGUUUGCAGUGAAGAGGAAGACAAAGUUGCUUUUAACGUUCCAAGCCCUCACACUUUACUGCAAAAGCAGGGCAGCCAGUCAUGGAAGCACCCCAUCUGCAGUUAGGAGGUAAACCAAGCGAGAAUGGUCUCGUCACAAAACAAGAGACAUCCGAAGCAGCAGAUGAACCUUUACUUAAAGAAAACCCGUGCCGUUUUGUAAUAUUCCCUAUCCAGUACCCAGAUAUUUGGAAAAUGUACAAACAAGCUCAGGCUUCUUUUUGGACCGUUGAAGAGGUUGAUUUAUCAAAAGACCUUGCCCACUGGGACAGAUUAAAACCGGAGGAGAAAUAUUUUAUUUCUCAUAUUUUGGCCUUCUUUGCUGCUAGUGAUGGAAUUGUCAAUGAGAAUCUAGUUUCCCGGUUCAGUCAAGAGGUGCAGGUCCCUGAAGCUCGAUGUUUCUAUGGGUUUCAGAUCCUCAUAGAAAAUGUACACUCCGAAAUGUACAGCCUUCUGAUAGACACAUAUAUCAGAGAUCUGAAGGAAAGGGAAUUUCUGUUUAAUGCCAUUGAGACUAUGCCGUGUGUGAAGAAGAAAGCCGACUGGGCACUUCAGUGGAUCUCUGACAAACACUCAACUUUCGGGGAGCGGAUUGUAGCAUUUGCAGCAGUAGAAGGGAUCUUCUUCUCUGGUUCUUUUGCUGCGAUAUAUUGGCUGAAAAAAAGAGGAUUAAUGCCUGGGCUUACGUUCUCUAAUGAGCUCAUUAGCAGAGAUGAGGGCCUCCACUGCAACUUUGCCUGCUUAAUGUUUAAAAAUAUUGUCAACAAACCUUCAGCGGAACGAGUAAAAAACAUCCUUUUAAGUGCUGUUAGUAUUGAACAGGAGUUUCUCACUCAGUCAUUGCCUGUGAAUCUCAUUGGAAUGAAUUGCACUUUGAUGAAGCAGUAUAUAGAAUUCGUGGCCGAUCGUCUAUUAACAGAUCUAGGAUUCUCAAAAGUCUUCAAAUCUGAAAAUCCUUUUGACUUUAUGGAAUCCAUUUCUCUUGAAGGAAAAACCAACUUCUUUGAAAAGCGGGUUGCAGAGUAUCAGAGACUUGGAGUGAUGUCGGGUGCAAUGGACACCACCUUCACACUAGAUGCUGACUUUUAAAAAAAAAAAAUGUUCAUUUUCAGGGUUUAGGAGACAGUGUAUGGCAUGCAUUGCUUGAAUGGUGUGUGAGGUAGGGGCAGUGUUCAGCACUUUUUCUUGGGGCUUCUUUUGUUUCUUUUGACGUGCGUAAACUUACAAAGACAUGACAUUUGUUUUAGGCAGCGUAUCUUGAUAUGUCCGAUUCAGUUAUAAAUUAUUUGUAUACAGUUUACUAGGGGGCUCUGUCUCCUGCUCGCUUUGCUCGCCAACCCACGGGCGGGCGCUACGCAGUACCCAGUUCGCAGCUCUGCCACUCGCAUAUGGGGAAGCGGAUAUACGUACAAUUUGAACAGAUUGUUAUUUUCAUGGGAAUUGU